UGUUGGGUAUUGUUAAAAAUGAUCAAAACUAACCAAAAUUUGAACAUAAGGUUGUUUCAGAGCAGUUCAUCUAUCUGCAUAUAAGGAGACCAUUUUAUUUCCAGAAAAAGCAAAUGGCUCGAAGAAACUAGGUACAAUGAGGCUUUAUAAAGAAGAUAGGAAGGACAAAUAUAGAAGAUCAAGCAUAGGGUAAUCCCAAGAAAGAUGAUCCAACUGAAUGUGGAAAUUAUCAAACAACAUCAUUAAUAUCACACACAAGUAAAAUUUUGCUGAAGAUCAUUCAAAAAUAGCUGCAGCAGUACAUCGACUGGGAACUGCCAGAAAUUCGGGCUGGUUUCAGAAGAGGAUGUGGAACCAGGGAUAUCAUUGCUGAUGUCAGAUGGAUCCUGGCUGAAAGCAGAGAAUACCAGAAGGAUGUUUACCUGUGUUUUAUUGACUACGCAAAGGCAUUCAAUUGUGUAGAUCAUAACAAAUUAUGGAUAACAUUGCGAAGAAUGGGAAUUCCAGAACACUUAAUUGUGCUCAUGAGAACCUUUACAUAGAUCAAGAGGCAGUUGUUCGGACAGAACAAGGGGAUACUGACUGGUUUAAAGUCAGGAAAGGUGUGCGUCAGGGUUGUAUUCUUUCACCAUACCUAUUCAAUCUGUAUGCUGAGCAAAUAAUCUGAGAAGCUGGACUAUAUGAAGAAGAAUGGGGCAUCAGGAUUGGAGGAAGACUUAUUAACAACCUGCGUUAUGCAGAUGACACAACCUUGCUUGCUGAAAGUGAAGAGAACUUGAAGCACUUGCUGAUGAAGAUCAAAGACCACAGCCUUCAGUAUGGAUUGCACCUCAAUGUCAGGAAAACAAAAAUCCCCACAACUAGACCAAUGAGCAACAUCAUGAUAAACAGAGAAAAGAUUGAAGUUGUCAAGGAUUUCAUUUCACUUGGAUCCACAAUCAACAGCCAUGGAAGCAGGAGUCAAGAAAUCAAAAGACACAUUGCAUUGGGUAAAUCUGCUGCAAAGGACCUCUUCAAAGUGUUGAAGAGCAAAGAUGUCACCCUGAAGACUAAGGUGCGCCUGACCCAAGCAAUGGUAUUUUCAAUCACAUCAUAUGCAUGUGAAAGCUGGACAAUGAAUAACGAAGACAGAAGAAGAACUGACGCCUUUGAAUUGUGGUGUUGGCGAAAAAUAAUGGAUAUACCAUGGACUGCCAAAAGAAUGAACAAAUCUGUCUUAGAAGAAGUGCAACCAGAAUGCUCCUUAGAAGCAAGGAUGGCGAGACUGUGUCUUACAUACUUUGGACAUGUUAUCAGGAAGGAUCAGUCCCUGGAGAAGGACAUCACACUUGGCAGAGUACAGGGUCAGCAGAAAAGAGGAAGACCCUCAACGAGGUGGAUUGACACAGUGGCUGCGACAAUGACCUCAAGCAUAACAACGAUUGUAAGGAUGGCUGAGGACCGGGCAGUGUUUCGUUCUGUUGUGCACGGGGUCGCUAUGAGUCGGGACUGACUCGAUGGCACCUAACAACAACAGUCUCCUGAACUGUGAGAAAAUAGAUCUCUGUUCUGUAAAGUGACUCACUUGUGGUAUUUGUGUUACAGCACUCCUAGGUAACUAAGACAGUGAGGAAGCAAGUCAGGUGACUGGGAGGAGACCAUUCCAACCAGAGGGACCCGCAGGGGCAAAGGUCCUGAGGUAGGAGCAUACUUGGAAUAUCUGAGGAACAGGCCAGGGGCCAGCAUGGCUGGAGGGGCUGUUAGAGGGAGAGGGGCAGGAGAUGAGGUCAGGGAGGUUGUCAAGGGCCAGAAUGCAGGACCUCGAGGACAAUGUAAGGCAUUUGCAAUGUACUCUGAGUGAGAUGGGCUCCAUUGGAGGGUUUAAAUCAGAGAGGUGGCUUGCUCUGACGUCUGUUUUAAGAGGAUGACCCUGACUUCUGUGGGGACAGGGAGCCUGUGAGAAGACCGUUACAAAAGUCCCAGUGAGGGAAGACAGUGGCAUGGCUGGGUGGUGUGGUGGAGGUGGUAAGUGCUCAGCUUCUCGGAUUCUGGGACUUUGAGGGUAGAACUGAUGGGCUUGCUUACGGAUUGGAUGUGGAGCACGAAAGAGAGGAGGCAAGAAUUUAGUUCUGAGCACCUGUAAGGAUGGAGUUACCAUAAACGGUGAUGGGAUAGGCGUGGGAGGGGCAGGUUUGGAGGGAAUUAAGAGUUCUGCGAAUGAGCAUGAAUGAAUGGACGAAAGUGAACAAAUGAACCACUGAAUGCUUUCUUUCUCCGAGGUUCACGCCUGUCCCGCCAGCAGCACCUUAUCUGCCUGAGGCCAAAGCCUGGACUCCCCUCAGAAAAGGGCUAGCGGUCCCUUUAAGAGACCAUGAAGCUCCGCCCAGAGAGGGUCACGUGUCCCUCGGCCCCGCCCAAGGGGAAGGCUUCAGGGCGGUUUGAAAACCCGGCGCGCUCCGCGAGAGUCACGGUUCGGCCUGCGGCGAGGAUGUCGGUGUUGAGGCCGCUGGACAAGUUGCCUGAGCUGAACACGGCCACCAUCUUGCUGGUGAGCACGGAGGAUGCCCUUCUGCAGCAGCUGGCGGACUCGAUGCUCCGGGAGGAUUGCGCCUCCCAGCUGAAUGUGCACUUGGCAAGGUCCCUCCCUCUGCCCUCCAGUGUGACCCGGCCCCGAAUUGACCUGAUUGUGUUUGUGGUGAACCUUCACAGCAAAUACAGCCUCCAGAAUGUCGAGGAGUCCCUGUGCCACGUGGACGCCAGCUUCUUCCUGGGGAAGGUGUGCUUCUUGGCCACAGGUGCUGGACAGGAGAGUCACUGCAGCAUCCACCACAACACCGUCGUGACGCUGGCCCGCACCUACCGUAGCCCUCUGCUCUUCUGUGACCUGAAGGUGGAAAACUUCCGGGUUACCAUGGCGCAGCGCCUGGUGCGGAUGCUGCAGGUCUGUGCCGGCCACACACCUGGUGUCUCAGCCCUGAGCCUGGUGUCCCUGUUGCAGAGCCCUGAGAGUCCCUCCCUGGAGGACCUGUGAGGUCACCAUGCAGGCUGCCCUCCAUACAACUCAGUGUCCAGGUGGCUCGAGAAACACUUAGCAGUGGUGGAGCCCAUGGCAGGGCCGGCAGGCCCGGGCAGCCAGUCCCAUGGUUUCCCAGAUGCCCUUCAGAGCGGGCUCCUCUGAGCUGUGGCAGGGAGGGGAGGACAGGAGGAAGGAGCCCAGCAGGCAGCGCCAGCCCCCUCACUGCCCCCUCGCUGCAGCACAGCCCGUGUCUUUACCCGCCUGAUGUGUUACGCUUCUACUUAAGAUUUCUCACAAACAAAGGGUCGGCAGCUGAAAACAGUUUGAAAAUCACCGGCCUCCUCCACCACUUUGAUUUUGCAGAUGAGGAAACUGACUCAGAGCAAUUAAGCGUGGGGUGGGGUGGGGGAGCUUGGACUCCAUCAGCCCCAUCUGACUGCCUAGCCCUGCUGUUUCUAUGGCUCCUGGCUGUUGCCUCUUACAGCCGCAGUUUCCCUGUGUGUAAAAUGGAGAUUGUUCUGCUUACCUUGUCAAGUUGUGAGGACGGGAUGCAAUGAUAAGGUGAGGUACCUGA